AUGGAUAAUGUGUGCCAAUAUUGCAAAGAAAGAAGAGGCUUGUCGGUCAAGCGUGGAGAUUCAGUUCCGAAGAUCAUUUGCCUGCUGUGCCUGCAAUUGGACGUGUUUGGCACAGAACACCAGUCGGAAGUCCAAAUCAAGGAAGAGGAAAUCAUAAUUGAGGACAAUGUCCUACAGGAGGAAUCCGCAGAUAGGGAAAAUGUCAUUAACCAGGAUUCCAUAGUUAAGGAAGAGACUCUUGAGGAGGAGCCCGCAGUUAAUGUAACGAUAGCUGAAGAGGAUCUCAUAAUUAAGGAAGAGGUUCUUGAGGAGGAAGAAUACUACGUUAUAACAGAAGGCCUGGAAGAGUCUGCGAUGGAAACUUGCCUGGUUUGCCAGGAGAAGCACGAGCACAUGGUCAAUAUAUUUGAUGACACGCAGGAGUCUGGAAUUACCAUUGCCACUAUGAUUUCACAGUCCAUCGAGCUGCGAAUCGAGAAGGGGAACUCAUCUCCCGAAACUAUUUGUCCAACUUGCCUAGAGUUUGUGCAAAAUGCGUACGAAAGUAUGCAAGCCAACGAUAGGGAUCAGCAGCUAUUCGGCCAACCGAAAAACGAGAUGGUCGAGGAAGAUUUAAUCCAGGUAAAAAACGAGCCAGUCGAGGAAGACCACUUCGAGGAAGUCCAAUCAAGAGAAUCCAAGCAAAAGCAGAAGGCAACACCCAGCGCAGUGUCGCCAACAUUUCAUUGCUACCAUUGUACUUUGGUUUUGUCGGAUCACAUAUCUCUAGCAAUUCACCUCCGUAAUCACGAGGAGAAUGGUGAUUUAGAUCGCACCAAAGAACCGCCGCACAGAUGCCCUCACUGCGACAAGAUGUUCUUAUACGCAUCCAAAUAUAAAAAUCACAUUCGAUCUCAUGGUAAACCCAUUAUCGCGCCAGCUCCUCCACUCAAGUGCCCCCAAUGUCCAAAGAUAUACUUUAAAGCCGGGAAUCUUGAGGCGCACAAGCUGAUGCACACGAAGGAUAACACAAAAAAUACAAAAACACCCCCGUUUAGGUGCCCAUACUGUCCAAAAAUAUUCCUAUACGACAGUUUUUUUCAAGAUCACAUGCAAACACAUAAGGAUAAGGAAAAGGAAAAGUUGUCACAUUACAAGUGCCCCUACUGUCCGCAGAAUUUCCUGCACCACGACUUGCUUGAAAUUCACAUUCGGACACAUGAUAGUCCGAAAAAGGAGCCUGCGGUAGUAUCUUACAAGUGUCCUGACUGUCCAGAGGUUUUCUCAAACAAUUUGCUUCUUAAUGAUCACAUGGAGAUUCAUGGAGAAUGCUCCCUCUGCCACAAGCACAAGAAGAAGUCACCCCACCGUUGUGACCACUGCCCGUUGUCAUUUAUAACGAAACAGCAUCUUCAGAAGCACAAGCUUACACAUAAAAUAAGAGCCGAUGGAAAAAGAAAGUGCAGCAUUCGUAAAGUGGACUACAACGAAAGUAAGAAGUUCGUCGAUGAAGAUGAGUAG